AUUUCAAAACAGGCUGAGCUGACUGUGGCGUCUGAUUGGAGAUGAACCACUUUUUGCUCAGCACAUAACUGACGCUGGAGUAGUAAAGCCAAGACGUAGGUGACUCUAGGUGACACACGACAGAAACAUGGACGAAGACAGGGCCAUGCCCAAGAGGUCAUGGGAUUUCUGUCGAGAGAUUCCUGUCAUUGAAGACGAACAAACGCCUUGGAAACUGAUCAAAAUCCUGAAGUUCUUCGCUCUGUGUUUAGUCGCUGUGCUUGUGUUUGGGUUGGCGCUAUGCAGCAAGGCUUCUUUCCUCCUCCUCAUUACCUUGGCCAAUGAGGGCACCAAGACGCUCCAAGCAGAGCAGAAACCCGUCGCUCUGCUGUGCAUCGGCUGUUCUCUCAUCGCCUCCAGUGUUCUUCUCCUGCAGAAGAGCAUCUGGAAGGCGUGUUACAAAACAUCAAAAGUGCCAGCCACAAAAACAAUAGCUUUGGUUCUGUUCUUCGAGUUUCUGGUGUCUGUCGGUGCAGCGAUCCUCACCAUCGUGGCGAUGCCACACUUGGACAUUGUGACCAACGUGACGAUACUGAACGGCGUAGCCGUCCUCUCCUCGCUCCUGCAGAUGAUCGCUCAGUGCACCGCCAAGGAAAGGAACCGCUUCCUGCUGCCGUCCAUCACCGCCUUCCUCCUCAUUUUGCUCGGUUAUGUCCUGUUCCUCGUCUUGUACAUCAUGAAGAAUCCUUCUGAUAUCAAGAUGGCCGUUUGGGUGGGUCUGGCUGUCGGUGGGUCCUUCCUGGUGUCGUUCAACUGGUGGGAGAACUACUUCCGAUUGAUCAGCGAGAACAGCAGCUCCGUCUUCCUCAAGGACCUGUGUAAAGACUUCAGAAAAUGCCAGAACCUCCUGCACAUCCUCUCCAGCCUUCUCAGGAUUGUGGUGACCGCCUGUGUGCUCGGAGCCUACGUUCCUCUGGCAAAAAUGGACUGGAGCGUCGUGACCUCCAUCCCGAGCCGCGAGACAAGGAUCAUAGCCAUCACCGUCGGGGUGCAGCUGAUCUCGUCAGCACUCUGCCACUGGUUCGCUGUCGCAGCCUGCAAGAUGCACGCCCUGCGACGGUGCUUCAUCGUGCCUCUGUACCUGGCCUCUCUGGCCGUCAUGGCUCUGCUAGUCAUCCCCGUCAUCGUUUACUAUCAGGACUACAGAAUCAGUCUGAAUGGGACUUCGAGCAUCAACUUCACAAGCUACUGCGAUGUGGUUGUGGAUGGAAGGAGCCAGGGCCUGAACGGCAGCGUGUUCCCCGAGCUGGUUCUGGAUGUUACACACACUCUGUGCUUCCUGGACAUGUCCAGCAUAACCGACAUUGGCCUACUGACAGGUUCAGCAGUGUCCUGGUGGCUCGGCCUUGUGUUGGCCACGCUUCACCUCUGGUUCCUCAGUCUGUAUCGCAUCCAGAGGACCCAGAACCUGUUCAUCAGGAGGCUGUACGAGGGAGGCUUUUUAGAGCAAUCGCUGCUGCUGAACACUCGAUUCGACAUCCAGAUAGCUGAGAGACCCGUGCAUUCCAGAUUCAAAGGAAUGGACCCUGUAAAGGUGUUCCUCUGUGCGACAAUGUGGCACGAGACCUACGAAGAGAUGAUGAAGAUGAUUGUUUCCAUAUUUCGACUGGACCAGUACAAGCCAAAGAAGGAAGCAGGAACCACUGAUGUGUCUUUUGAAAGCCACAUCUACUUCGACGAUGCCUUCAGAUAUGUUGCCGGGAGUCAAGGACGCCACGUCAACGAAUACGCAGAGAUGCUUGUGGGAAUUAUCAGAGAAGUUUUCAGUAUCUUUUUGAACAUGGAUAAGAACCUGUUCACAAAGCAGCAGCAGGUCCCUGAUCAGACGCUCGUGAGGACGCCGUACGGAGGGCGUGUGGUGGUCACCUUGCCUCAUGGGAACAGCCUGGUGGUUCACUUCAAGGACAGGCAACUCAUCCGCCACAAGAAGAGAUGGUCUCAGGUUAUGUACUUGUACUACCUCUUGGGCUGGAAAGUUGCGACCAAGUUCUACAAAAGAUUGGCGAAAGGAGAGGACGAGUCUGAGCUGAGAAAAGAGUUUCAGAAAGAGAAAAACAACACCUACAUCCUGGCUUUAGAUGGGGACACGGACUUCCAGCCGGUGGCCGUGAUGCUGCUGAUCGAUCGUUUGAAACUGUACCCGCUGGUCGGGGCGGCGUGUGGCCGGAUUCACCCCACUGGAUCAGGUCCUAUGGUUUGGUACCAGAAGUUUGAAUAUGCUGUGGGUCACUGGCUUCACAAAACAGCGGAGCACGUGUUUGGCUGCGUGCUGUGCAGCCCCGGCUGCUUCAGUCUGUUCAGAGGGGCGGCACUGAUGGACGACAACGUGAUGAAAAAAUACACCAUCAAGGCCUCAAGGGCCCAACACUACAUCCAGUACGACCAAGGUGAGGACCGCUGGCUCUGCACUCUGCUGCUGAAGCAGGGAUGGAGGGUGGAGUACAACGCAGCAUCCGAUGCCUACACGAAUGCCCCAGAGGAGUUUAAAGAGUUUUACAACCAGCGCCGUCGAUGGGCACCCUCCACCAUGGCCAACGUCAUGGACUUGCUGGGCUGCAGCAACAUGAUUGUCAAAAGGAACACCUCCAUGUCCAGACUGUACAUGCUCUACCAGCUCUUCAGCUUGGCCUCAUCCAUCCUGUCGCCUUCCACUGUCGUCCUUAUGAUAGCAGGUAGUUUGACUGUUCUGCUUGACAUUCAUCCGAACGGUGCCCUGAUCAUAGCUGUGAUUCCUCCUGCGAUCUUCCUCGGCAUCAGCUUCAAGAUCAAGUCCGACACUCAGAUUCUGAUAGCAGGCAUCAUGAGCACCAUUUACGCCUUCCUCAUGAUGAUAUCGGCACUUGUGAUAGUUGGCAACAUGGUGAAGCAACAAACCAUCUUGACUCCCAGCAGCAUCUUCAUCAUCGCCCUCGCCUGCUUCUACCUCGUUACCGCCCUCUUGCAUCCGCAGGAGGUUGGCCUGGUGGUCUUCGGCUUGCUUUACAUCAUCUGCAUCCCCAGCGCCUACCUGCUGCUGGCUAUUUACUGUAUGGUUAACAUGAACAAUGUGUCCUGGGGAACCAGGGAGACGUUGCCUGUUGGCGGGGCCCCCGCACCUGCAGCCCGACUUCAACACACUACAGCCCAGAAAGCAAAAAGCAAAAUCAGACAGUUCUUCUCGCGGGUGAAAUGCUGUGGAAAACCCUGCGGCAGCGGCAGUCAGGCGGAGGUCACAGCCAGCCAGGAGAACAUGGUCUCCGGAGCAGAGGAGCCUGAACCUCAGCCGCAAAACACAUUUGUAGAUGAUGAAAAUAUACCUGAGAGAGAGCAGAGGCAACAGGUGGAGCCUGCUUCAACCUGCCCAAACCAGUGUUGGGUCUCACAGCUGCAGAGUUUGUCUGAUGACAUGUGCCUGCGAGAGGAUACGCUGGACCUGGAAGAAGAGAAAUUCUUCCGACAGCUGACCAAACAAUACCUGGAGCCUCUGGAAGAGAACAAGAAGAAACAGGAGGAAAUGACUGAUAACCUCCGAGAACUGAGAAACAAGAUGGUGUUUAUCUACUUCCUGUGCAAUGCCCUGUGGCUCACAGCGACCUUCAGCCUGCAGCUCUCAUCGAGCACCCUCUCAAUCAAGGUGCCGAAGCUCGACAGCAACCUGCAGGCGACAGGAGAGCACAUCUACAUCGACCCGGUGGGCUUCAUGUUCAUUCUGUCCUUCGCCCUGCUGGUUGUCAUCCAGUUCUUCGGCAUGCUGUACCACAGAAUCUACACCUUGAUCCAUUAUGUGGCCUUUCUGGACACAGAGUCCAAGUAUGAUACACCGCAACAGAAAACAGAAGAGGUCAAUGAGGACAAUGACUACAGUGACUCUGAGGUUGACGACACUGACGAUAUCUUGUUUCCAAGUCUGCUCGUCAGAAAUCACGGCAACGGAACCCUAGUUUGAACGGGGGGAAAUAAAUCUGUUUUUUGCACUUUGAAGAAGCCAUGUACUGUGUGUAUCAACCAUGUACUGUGUGUAUCAACCAUUUACUGUGUAUAUCAACCAUGUACUGUAUGUAACAACCAUGUACUGUGUGUAUCAAUGAGGCCACUUGUGAAAAAUGUUUGUGUGUUGUGUUUGUUGAGGUUUUUUUAAAAAAAAUGUGUGUUUGUGUAAAUAAACUCAGGAAACACUUAUAAGGCAGAAAAUGAAUUACUAUUCAAAUGACUGCCAUCUUACACUCAUUACUUUCGUGGGAAUUAUUAAAUUUGAAUAUAGAACAAAUAUAUCAGGUCACAUCAGAGGCCUUUGAUCAGCCACUUUUUUCUGUUUACCCUUUAAUCUCAGGUGUCUUACUGUAAACUGUGAUGCUGUCAAUGCACAACAUAGCAAUUACCUACAAGUUUGCCAAGUUAUUACUGUAAUCACUUUAAUCCUGAAUUUUUUUUCAUGAAGUACUGUACUUGAAUUUCUCACUUACUAUUUAAUAUUCUAUGAUGGUGAUUUGUGGAAAGCUGUGAUCACUUUAAGAUUAACUGUAUCUCAAUAAAGCACUUUGUGAUGAACCUC